GAUCUUGCGACCGACCGCCCGUCAAUGGCGGGGCAUGCGAAGGGCGCGCGCGUGCGCGUGGAGAGCCCGUCUGGCGGCCAGCGCGGCCAGUUUCUGAAUGACUUGUUAAGCGUUGCAGCGAGCCUCGAUCGCAGGCGCGGGGUCGCGCCCGCCGCGUGGAAGCUCCUCGCCAAGGCGCCCCUGAAACGCGGCCUCGCGAAGCUCCUGAACGGCGGCGACCCCGCGGACGUCGCGGGCAAGAAGCGCGCGCUGCGCAUCGAGGCGAAGCUCGCGGGGGACAUGCAGGCGAGGGCCGCGAUGACAGUUCACGCCAAGAAGUACAGGGGCAGAAAGCAUGUCGAGAGCUCGCAGGCGAUCAAGCAAGCAGUUAAAG